GUCCUAAAAUCUACUACUGUCCUCCCCUUCCCUAUGGAUGUAGUUCUUAAUGAGUGCUUCAAAAUGGAGCUUGUUCUACUUGGAAUGGAAUAUGUCACCUGUGGAGAUUUCCACCAACUCCUGCGGAGGAAGGGGCGUCUUGACAUCCCCAGUGCAAGAUUCUACGCCGCAGAACUUGUGUGUGGAAUUCAAUAUCUGCAUUCUAAGGGCAUCAUCCACCGAGAUCUCAAGCCUUCCAACAUCCUGGUGACUGAAACGGGCCAUAUUAAGAUUGCCGACUUCGGUCUGGCACUUGAGAACAUCUAUGGAGACCGAACAGCCACAGAAUACACUGGAACACCGGGCUUCAUUGCUCCUGAGAUCCUGGCUGCGGAGGAGUACAAUGCUGGAGUAGACUGGUAUGCAUUUGGCAUCAUCUUGAACAUCAUGAUUACCAACAGCCACAAAUACCAGCGAGGUCUAUUCAAUGCCUCCAGCAAAGAGGCGAAGAACAUCAUUAAAAAGCUCCUCCGGGAAGAUCCUACCAGGCGUCUCGGAGUCAAUGGCAACAUCAGAGCCCACAGGUUUUUCCAGUGUAUUGACUGGGACUCGGUGGAAGCCCUUAGGAUGCGUCCACCACACAUUUCUAAACCACCAAACAACAUCCAGCGUGGCUCAAGACCAUUCAAUCUCCAAAUACUGGAAGCAGCAGAGUCUAGCAACUCGGCCAUUUCAGCAAACCACCAGGCCUUAUUCACAGGGUUUUCAUUUACCAACAUCAGCUGGAAAACCCCGGAACAUCCACCAGCUCUUUAAUACCAUCAGAGCAAGCUGUCUUCCUAAGCCCCAAGGAGAGCUUCAGAAAGGAGAAGAUCAAGAUGGACAAGCAGG